AUGACAGAAACUAACGACCAAGGACUUGGUCCUAAAGCCAGAAGAAGAAGGUGUUUCAUUGUUGGUGGGGUAAUUCUCUUCUUGCUGUUACUGCUAUUCAUUACUGUUCUCAUCCUAGCGUUGACAGUUUUCAAGCCUAAAGAGCCUAGAACCGAGCUGCUAUCAGCUACGCUCGAAGGCAUCUCUCCUCGCAUCUCAUUCCCUGUUCUUGACAUCAAACUUAACAUCACCCUCAACCUAACGUUGCUCGUCAAGAAUCCUAACCAUGCCAGUUUCAAGCAUGGCCCUGGGAAUAGCUACCUUCUAUAUCGAGGAGACCAGGUGGGAGAAGCUGACCUGUACUCAGGCCUAAUACCGUCUAAGGGGACCGAGACACUUCCUUCCCGGCUUACCAUAGAGGCAGAUGAGAUGGCAACUCAUAUGUCAACUUUAAUCAGUGAUAUUCUAGGCGGACAGCUUGUUAUGGAAACACGCACGAGAAUUCCAGGCAGGGUCACCUUCCUGAAGAUAUUCAAAAAGCAUGCUGUUGCUACUUCUGAUUGCCGAUUCACUGUUGCUAUUCCUUCCUUGAAGAUUCAAAGCCAGGAAUGCAAGAGCAAAACUAAGUUUUGA